GACUUUGAUAGGUGAGUUUUGGGUAGAAAACUGAGACAUUCCUCAUCAAAGGAUUAUCAUUGAUGAGCUAGGGUAGCGCCUUAGGCUUCACUCUGCUUUCUUUGCUUCACAGGAUUAGGGAAGAUUUGUGUUCCCAAAGCCUUGGGAGUUCUCAUAGGCUAAGAAAAGGGAUUGCAGUACCUAGGAAGGGUAACCCUCCUAGAGAUAGCUACUGCUCUAUUUCGGGAGACCCUGGUAUUCCUAGAGCAGGCUUUGCUUUCGCCAAACCCAAGGAGGUGACAGGAGGAGCCCCUGCACAGGACCUAAGGAUGCUGUGACCAGAAGAUGGGAUCACGGAACAGCAGCAGUGCAGGAUCCGGGUCCGGAGACCCCUCUGAGGGCCUGUCCCGAAGAGGGGCUGGCCUGCAUCGGAGUGAAGAAGAGGAAGAGGAGGAUGAAGAUGUGGAUCUGGCCCAGGUACUGGCCUAUCUCCUCCGCAGAGGCCAAGUGAGGUUGGUACAGGGAGGAGGUGCAGCAAAUUUACAACUCAUCCAGGCCCUCUCAGACUCAGAGGAAGAGCAUGACAGUGCUUGGGAUGGUCGUCUCGGGGAUCGAUACAACCCUCCUGUAGAUGCAACCCCUGACACCCGGGAGCUGGAAUGCAAUGAGAUCAAGACACAAGUGGAAUUGGCCACAGGGCAGCUGGGGCUUAGGCGGACAGCCCAGGAGCACAGCUUUCCUCGAAUGCUGCACCAGAGAGAACGGGGCCUCUGCCACCGGGGAAGCUUCUCCCUCGGAGAACGGUCUCGAGUGAUGUCUCACUUCUUGCCCAAUGAUCUGGGCUUCAUUGAUACCUACUCUCAGAAGGCUUUCUGUGGCAUCUACAGCAAAGAUGGCCAAAUCUUCAUGUCUGCUUGCCAAGACCAGACAAUCCGACUGUAUGACUGCCGGUAUGGCCGCUUCCAUAAAUUCAAGAGCAUUAAGGCCCGGGAUGUAGGCUGGAGCGUCCUGGAUGUGGCAUUUACCCCUGAUGGGAACCACUUCCUCUACUCCAGUUGGUCUGAUUACAUUCAUAUCUGCAAUAUCUACGGGGAGGGAGACACACACACUGCCCUGGAUCUAAGGCCAGAUGAGCGUCGCUUUGCUGUCUUCUCCAUUGCUGUCUCCUCAGACGGACGAGAAGUACUAGGAGGGGCCAAUGAUGGCUGCCUGUAUGUCUUUGAUCGAGAACAGAACCGGCGCACCCUUCAGAUUGAGUCCCAUGAGGAUGAUGUGAAUGCAGUGGCCUUUGCUGAUAUAAGCUCCCAAAUCCUAUUCUCUGGGGGUGAUGAUGCCAUCUGCAAAGUGUGGGAUCGACGCACCAUGCGGGAGGAUGACCCCAAACCCGUGGGUGCGCUGGCUGGACACCAGGAUGGCAUCACCUUCAUUGACAGCAAGGGUGAUGCCCGGUAUCUCAUCUCCAACUCCAAAGAUCAGACCAUCAAGCUCUGGGAUAUCCGACGCUUUUCCAGCCGGGAAGGCAUGGAAGCCUCACGCCAGGCUGCCACACAGCAAAACUGGGACUAUCGCUGGCAGCAAGUGCCCAAAAAAGCCUGGCGGAAGCUGAAGCUCCCAGGUGACAGCUCCUUGAUGACUUACCGGGGCCAUGGAGUGCUGCACACCCUCAUCCGCUGCCGAUUCUCCCCAACUCAUAGCACAGGCCAGCAGUUCAUCUACAGUGGCUGCUCCACUGGCAAAGUGGUUGUGUAUGAUCUCCUCAGUGGCCACAUCGUGAAGAAGCUGACCAACCACAAGGCCUGUGUGCGUGACGUCAGUUGGCACCCCUUUGAAGAGAAGAUUGUCAGCAGUUCGUGGGACGGGAACCUGCGUCUGUGGCAGUACCGCCAGGCUGAAUACUUCCAGGAUGACAUGCCAGAGUCCGAGGAAUGUCCCAGUGCCCCCACCCCAGUGUCCCACUCCUCUACAGCCUUUUCCUCACCCCAGUAGAUCUGACCUCCAGUCCCACACAGGGUGAACCUCUUGAUAAGCUCUCUGCCUCUUCCUCCCUUUCUCCUUUCUGGGGAAUGUUUGGAGGAAUCACUGGCAUUGGAUGGGGCAAAACAGAAGCCCAGCCUCUGAGUCCCAGCUGAGCCCUGGAAGAUCCUCCCCUCAGGGUAGAGUGAUCUCCUCAUACACUCACACUCAGCCGGCUUGGGUCCCUAUCUCUGGCCAGGGUCUGGCAGGACUGCCAUUAUCUGGGGUGUGGCCUCUGCCAGCAAGAGAACUGUCCUGAGUGUUUUUAAUCAUGUUUGAAUGUUAGGUGUUGGCUCCUAGAGUAGAUGACUGAGGCCAGGUCUGAAGAGACCUGUCAGCCAGGCCCACUGCGCAGGUCUCAUGUUGAGGAUUAGACUGGCCAAUCAGAGGGCCAGGUGUCCUGGCCUUUCUUCCUGAGGCCUUUGCUGGAGGACAGGAUGAGUAAGGGUGUUUCCUCAGCACUCUCCUUGGGUAGGGAUUGUGUGUUCUCUCAUGUCUGGGUCUUUGGGGUAGGACAGGCUAUGAUGUGAGAGACGGGACUCUCCAGAACCUCCUUGAGGCUCCACACAGGGCAGGUCGUGCCUUCCCAGAGGGUCCUGUCAUGCUGGAAGCCAGCAGUUUUAAGGAAGAAGGUUGAAGUAGGACUCCAUCCUUUCACUGGCUUUGGCUCCCUCAAUAAACUCUCUGUGGGAACCUGG